CAAGAGCGCCUACGUUUUCGAAGUGAUAGCACCUAGUUUACCUGGCUAUGGUUGGUCUCAGGGCGCCUCAAAGACUAACUUCGGUCCAGCUCAGAUGGCAGUGGUUUUGCGUAAUUUGAUGUUGCGUUUGGGACAUGACAAAUUUUUAAUACAAGGUGGCGAUUGGGGUUCCUUAAUCGGUUCGAAUAUAGCCACUCUGAGACCUCAGAAUGUACUGGGAUAUCAUUCGAAUAUGUGUGGUACAAAUCAUCCAAUGUCACAUUUCUUUAAAUUUUUACGCGUAUGGUUCCCAUUUUUCUUUGUAAAAAGCGAACAAAAAGUUUUCUUCAAACCUUUCGGCAAAGAGUUUACGUACAUCAUGGAAGAGUCUGGUUACUUCCAUAUUCAAGCAACUAAGCCAGAUACCAUUGGGACUACGCUCCUGCAGAAUCCUGUGGGUUUGGCUGCAUACAUCCUUGAGAAAUUCUCUACUUGGACCAACCCUGAAUACAAAAAACUUGAAGAUGGUGGUUUAACUAAACGUUUCACGCUGGAUGAGCUUUUGGAUAACAUAAUGAUCUACUAUACAACAAACUCGAUAACCACAUCGCAGCGUUUGUAUUCCGAAGCAUUUAGCUUCGCUCAAAUGGAUUUGAAUGUGGAUGCUGUGCAUGUUAACCAGCCCACCGGCUGUGCUCGAUUUGUGCACGAUUUGAGACAUUCAACCGAUCUUGAGCUUUCAACUAAGUACAAGAAUCUCAUCCAUAGUACAUAUCACAAAGAUGGUGGUCACUUUGCAGCACUUGAGUUACCACAAAUACUUUACAAUGACUUUGUAGAGUUUGUCGAUAAAGCGCUAACCCAGAAGCUGGCCAAUUAAAGAAAAUGUCGUGAUUUGACAUUGAUAAGCAACCAAAUAAUUUCCAUAUCUUUUUUAUGAAUAUUUUUGCUAAUAAAUUUUUAAAUUUAUCGCA